GUUUGCUUGUUCCCCGCAACUCCCGCCGUCCGUCACUGAUGGUUAGACCAUAUGAUAGGUUAUGAAGCAUCAUCGGUGGUGGAUCUCGGCGUCUUCAGCCCGAGAUAAAUCAUAACCUCUGCAGGUGGUACUAUUGUUGACUACUAACUUGUCACGAUAACACUCUGAAUGUUCCAUUGUUGUGAAAAACGCUAUACUUAUUAUUCAGUUGUAAAAUCAAACUUAAAUUAGUUUGGCAUAAUGUCGAAUAUGCUAUACGGAGGAGACGAAAUCGGUGCCCUGGUUUUUGACUUGGGCCACCAUUCGUUACGGGUCGGAUAUGCACAAGAGGACACUCCAAAAGCCGAGAUUCCUGCAGUUGUGGGUGUCGGGGAAGAUGCGAAUUGUAACGCAGCGAAGGUAGAACCUAUGGAUGUAGACGAUAAGAAACCGGACAACAACAUAACGCAGACUACUCCAAAAUAUUACAUCAACACAACAAUUUUGCAUGUACCGCGUAAGGGAAUGGAAGUGGUCAGUUACAUGAAGGACGGAAUGAUAGAAGAUUGGGAUCACUUUGAAAAGGUUUUGGAUUACACAUAUUCAAAAGUUAUCCAGUCGGAUGCUGAAUAUCACCCAGUAUUAUUCUCCGAGUCCCCUUGGAAUAUUAGAACAAAGAGGGAAAAGCUGACAGAGUUGAUGUUUGAGAAGUACAACGUUCCAGCAUACUUUCUUGUGAAAAAUGCUGUACUUGCAGCUUUUGCAAAUGGCAGGGCAACUGGUAUUGUAGUGGACAGUGGAGCAACCCACACGUCAGCUAUUCCAGUUCAAGAUGGAUUUGUUUUGACACAAGCUAUCGUGAAAUCUCCUCUCGGUGGAGAUUAUAUCUCCAUGCAGUGUCGACAGUUUUUGCAAGAAAAUGACGUAGAUCUUUCCCCGGCAUAUAUGAUUGGAAGUAAAGAAGUAGUGAAAGAUCAUGAUAAACCCAGAUGGGUGAAAAAGAAAAAUCUUCCAGAGGUCACAAAAUCUUGGCACAAUUACAUGGUGAAGAAACUUGUGCAAGACUUCCAAGCAACUUGUUUACAAGUCUCUGAAAGUCCUUAUGAUGAGAAGGGUGUAUCAACUAUUCCAGCAGUUCCUUAUGAAUUUCCUACUGGUUAUAGACAAGACUUUGGAUCUGAAAGAUUUCGUAUACCAGAAGCCUUAUUUGAUCCUAGUAUGGUGCAGAUGAGAGGGGGCAUGGUUGGAAAUACAAUGCUUGGUGUUGGUCAUAUAGUUACAACAAGUGUUGGUAUGUGUGAUGUGGAUGUCAGACCUGCUCUUUACGGCAGUGUGGUUGUGACUGGAGGCAACUCCUUUAUUCAGGGAUUCCCUGAACGACUAAACAGAGAUCUGUCAAUGAGGAUACCAUCCAGUAUGAGACUCAAGUUAAUAAGUGCUAAUGGAUGUGCAGAACGUAGAUUUGGAUCUUGGAUUGGCGGAUCUAUUUUAGCAUCAAUUGGAACUUUCCAACAAAUGUGGAUAUCAAGUCAAGAGUAUGAAGAAAGUGGUAAAAGUCAAGUGGAAAGAAAGUGUCCGUGAAUCUGUAUGAUUUAUACACGUGAAUUACAUUUAUUGAAACAAUGGCGGUAUGCUGUGCGCGAUUUCUUGUAGAUUAUGACUGAGCAAUUCAUAUUUUUAAGCGUGUAAUUAUUUUAUUAUCGAUUUGAUUUAAUUACAUAAUAUUAAAAUACAAAGGUUUCAUAACAAUCUUUUGAUUUUUAAAAACUUAAAUUAGAUUUUUUAUUGUCAUUUAUAGUAUAAAAGACUAUGAAUAUAAAAAUAAUUUAUGGCUUAUCAAAAAG